CUUUCCGUUCCCUUGUACAAAUUCUAGUGGACGGCGGAUUAUAGAGUAUGAUCUUCAUUGAAUACUACCAGGGUCAAAGGUAGCGUUACAGGCCACAUCCAAUUUAAUCGAAAGAGCUUCAGCUCUGCCCUCAAUCUACAUUGUGUCCUAAUCCCACAUCCUGAAAUAUAAAUCUCUACUUUACCCGAACAUUUUCCUCUAUCCAAUUAGGGUUUCUCCACCGUCGCCAUCUGGUUGUCCUUGAUUCAGCAUCCAAAUAAUACCCUGAUCCUUGACGCUGGCGCCUGACGGUGCUGCCUGCUGACGACUGCCUCUCCUUGCAUUGGACUUGGAUCCUUAAAUAUUGAUCUGUUUUACUGACAAAGCAACACAACAACCACAUGGAAGAUUGGGAGGAAGAGCACAUUCCACCUCUUCUUUCAAAAGAGCAACCUAAAAGUAAAUGGGAUGAUGAAGACGUGGACGAAAAUAAUGUGAAGGAUUCAUGGGAAGAUGAAGAUGAACCUGCCCCGGAACCUGUAGCACCUGCUGUGAAACCUACUGACAAGGAUUCUAAAAAGUCUUCUGAUAAAGCUGGCGUAAAAAAGGGGAAAAAGGUAGAACCAGUAAAGGAAGAACCGUUGGAUCUGGUGGCUGAAAAGCUUCGCCAACAAAGGCUGGUUGAGGAAGCGGAUUACAAGUCCACCAAAGAAUUGUUUGGUGCGAGAGGUGAUGAAAAGAAUCUUGAUAAUUUUAUUCCCAAUUCUGAGAACGAUUUCUUGGAAUAUGCAGAGCUCAUCUCGCAUAAGCUUCGUCCUUUCGAGAAAAGUUAUCAUUACGGUACUUUAUUGAAGUCAGUGAUGAGAUUAUCAAUGACUUCUUUGAAAGGAGCUGAUGCAAAGGAAAUUGCAUCUUCAAUCACCGCAAUUGCAAAUGAGAAGAUAAAAGCAGAGAAAGAAGCCAACGCUGGCAAAAAGAAGACAGGUGCCAAGAAAAAGCAGCUUCAUGUUGACAAACCUGAUGAUGAUUUGGUCGUUGAUCGGUAUGAAGACAUGGAUGAUUAUGAUUUCAUGUAAAAACUCGGUUCAUUGUCUUGCAGAUUCAGUCAUGGGUCCCUGCUUUCCCAGCCAUGGAAAUUGGGAAAACAAGAACUGUCGGCAUACCUCUAAAAAAUUGAGUUCUUUUGUAGCUGUGUCUGUUACAUACCAUUUUCAGUUUUGUCAAAGGUUGAAGAUUCACAAGGCUUGACAUUCGGCAUUUUUUUUUUUUGGUUCCCUUCCUUUUUGAUGUUUUGGGUUUCGUUCUCGGAUUGUAAACUGCAAGGUACCAACACCGCUAAUCAGACUGAUUGCUGGUUUAAAUUUGACUGAUCAUCCUCAUUUGAUGUUUACUGCAUAGA